GGAACACCCGAGGCUCCCGGGACUUCUGACUGCUCUGUCCACUGAGGUGUGCCUUGGGUGAAAAGCAGAAAUCUUCAGGACAUGGAGGAGGUGGUGAUCAUGGAGACAGAUUUGGCCGAAAUGCCUGAGAAAAAAGGUAGAAUUGCUCAAGUGUUGCACUUCUGUGGUGGAAGGGUGGAGUCCUUCCUCCUGGAGGGAAAAGGGUUGUCUCGGAAUAGGUGGCCAUUGGCAGAGAGGACUGUCUGUCUCCAUUGUCUUGGUGGAUGAGUGGGCUAUUUGAGUGUAGAGAGUUUGGUACAGGAUCAUCCCCUGUCCUUCCCAUUGCAACCUGGUGCACAAUGGACCCUUCCAAGCAGCCCCCAAAAUAAGAGUGGAAAUGUUAAUCUGAGAUGUGAGCACAGCUACAACCACUCCUCUCACUUGCUCUUCCUUUCAAAUGAUUAUUCCAUUCUAGUCCCCAUCAGUGAAUCUGAGAAAUCAGCUUUGUGGUUGACAAAAAUUUCUCCACACCCAUUAUUUCACUUUAUUUAUAGUCACCUAUGAUUUAAAUUCAGUAAGGGUUUGAUUUUUUUUGUUUGUUUUGGUGAUGAUGGUGUUUAACAUGCAAAUCAGACUAGAAGGCAAGGGUUGACUUUCAGUACUACUAGACCAGUGUUUCUUGAAGUUUGUUCUGUGACCUAGCAUCAGAAUUCCCCCUAAACUCCCUAUCUGUGCUUCUUAGGUUUUUGGAUUGCACUCCAUAUUCAAUCAGUGACAGUUACUCUGAAGUGAAGUCAGCAAUCUACAUUUUAAAUAAGCUUUUAGAGUAAUUUUUGAGAACCAUUGAUAUGAUGGUUCUAUGAACUAUGAUACUAAUUUUGUGUAGAUUGAACUGGGAAAUUCACUGAAUUUUUCUAAUUUUUAGAUCAGAGAGGACCACCUUCCAGAAUGUGAUAUGAUUAUAGCAAUGCAUUUAAGUCUGGUAUAGCAACAUUCCUGAGCAUUUUCCAUAAUUCUGGGAGCCAUGUCUUCCCAGGAUUCCCCCCUCUGCCAAGAGAAGAACACAGAUGAGGAAGAAGUGGCAGCUAUGUGCCUCACAGCCAGAUCACAGGAGAAAAUGACAUUCAAGGAUGUGGCCAUGGACUUCACUCCAGAGGAGUGGGGGAAGCUGGAUCCUAAACAAAGGGAUAUGAUGCUGGAGAACUAUAGGAACCUGGUCUCACUUUGGCUUCCAGUUUCCAAACCUGAGAAUUACAAUUUGGACAGUGGAAAAGAACCAUUAAAGCUUGAGAGAAAAACUCCCAAAUGCAGCUAUUCGGACGUGGAGACUUUACCUGAGAGCAAAGAUUCAUCUUCAGUUCAAGAUUUUUCCAAAGAUGAAUCACACCCAAUUGCAAUAAUAGAUAGACUGGCAAGAAAUAGUGUCUAUGACUCCAAAUUGGAAACAGCUCUUGAAUGUGAAAACUGGUUAGAAAAUCAGCAAGAAAACCAGGAGAAACACUUGAGAGAAAUGUUUACCCACAUGAAUUCACUUCCUGAAGACGAAGAUCGUGAGCGUGAUAUAUAUUGGAAAACCUUUGGUCAGAAGUCUGUUCUUAUCACUCAAGACAGAGUUCCCAAAGGAUCUUAUGCCUUUCACUCACUUGGGAAAAGAUUGAAACAGAAAUCAAAUUUAAUGAAAAAACAGAGAACCUAUAAAGAGAAAAAACCUCAUAAAUGUAAUGACUGUGGUGAACUUUUCACUUACCAUUCAGUGCUUAUUCGACACCAGAGAGUCCAUACUGGAGAGAAACCCUAUACUUGUAAUGACUGUGGGAAAUCUUUUAGCCACAGAGCUAAUUUAACUAAACACCAGAGAACUCAUACUAGAAUUCUCUUUGCGUGUAGUGAAUGCAAGAAAACCUUCACGGAAAGCUCAUCCCUUGCAAUACACCAGAGAAUUCACAUCGGAGAGAGACCUUAUGAAUGCAGUGAAUGUGGGAAAGGUUUUAACCGAAGUACACAUCUUGUGCAGCAUCAAUUGAUUCAUACUGGAGUGAAACCUUAUGAAUGUAAUGAAUGUGAUAAAGCUUUUAUUCAUUCAUCAGCACUCAUUAAACAUCAAAGAACUCACACUGGAGAGAAGCCCUAUAGAUGCCUAGAAUGUGGCAAAGCCUUUAGCCAUUGUUCAUCCCUUACUAAGCAUCAGAGAGUUCAUACAGGAGAGAAGCCAUAUGAGUGUAGUGAAUGUGGGAAAACUUUUAGUCAGAGCACGCACCUUGUUCAGCAUCAGAGAAUUCAUACUGGAGAAAAACCCUAUGAGUGUCAAGAAUGUGGGAAGACCUUUAGCCGGAGCUCAAAUUUUGCUAAACAUCAAAGAAUUCAUAUUGGAAAGAAACCCUACAAAUGUAGUGAAUGUGGAAAAGCCUUCAUUCACUCAUCAGCUCUUAUUCAACACCAAAGAACUCACACAGGAGAGAAACCCUUUAGAUGUAAUGAAUGUGGGAAAAGCUUUAAGUGUAGUUCAUCCCGCUUCAGACAUCAAAGAACUCACAUAGAAGAGAAACCCUGAGAAAUUACUGAAUGGGAAGAAAUGAUUCCAGUCAAGAAGAGAACUGAAGCAACUGUGAGGCACCAGGGCAUACUUUCCUGUUCGGUAUGGAAAAAGCUUAUGAAACGGCCCUCAAGUGAGUCAUUUGAGGAUUAACAGCUGCUCUUCAUGAAGAAGUUACUACUUUUUUUUUUUUUCUGACCUGUACAUUUACCCAUAUUCUUGGUAUUGUUCUUAUUCUCUGUAUGUCAGUUGAUCUUUGUCCCAGAGCUCUUACUUAAGAAAGUGGGCAAGGCACAAAAUCAGAGAGGCAUAUUAGCACAAGUUACAUGGGUGACCAAAGACCAGUGGCAAGAUUGGAAACAAAAGCAGCAGUACAAAUUAAUAUCUAGUAAAACACUAUACAUGUGUCAAUUUUUGUUGUUACCCUAUUUAUGUUAUAUGAAAACUAUAGGGGGGAAAAACAUAAUCACAGAUUUCUUUCUUCUCUUCCAAAUCUUUACCUUCCAAUUCCAUACGUUUGCCCCCUCCACAUUAUUCCUCUCAGUAGGAAUCAUAAAUUUUAUGAUUGAAGAAAAUUAGGGGGUAGGGUGUAAAGAAUUGAUGAUAAUGGGGAUCACUCUCAUGAAGGCUGAAUGGAGUAUAAAUCCAGCAGUGAGGGUGAAAGACCUCUUUCAGGAAGAGAUAAUAGAAACAUGGAAGGGAGCCAAAGUGGAAAGGCUUAAGAGUUCAGAGGUCAGGGUGGGAAAAUAGCUUACUUAACAAAAUAUAGGAAAAGUAUCUCAAGUCUUUCAUCACCUUAAUCAGUAUGGUUUAGAGCAGGAAGUGGCAAGCUAUGGUGUGGACUUUUGGACCAUGUCUGACCCAUUGCUUUUUUCUGUGAAUUUUGUUGGGACUCAGCCAUACUCGUCAGUUAUAUGCUAUCUUUGGCUGCUUUUCUAUGCAACAGAGUUUGUGUCUUGGGGGCUGCUACAAUCCAGUUCCACAUACUGGAUAGCUUAUAAACAGAAAUUUCUCAAUAAUUUUGGAGACUGAGAAUUCCAAGGCACCAGAGGAUGCGGGUUUGGUGAUGUGGUACUUCCUGGUUCACAGAGGGCUCCUUCUCUGUGUCCUUAGCCCCUUAAAAGUGUACUGAUUCCCUUCAAGAAGACUCCACUGUGAUGACCUACUCACCUUCCAAAAGCCCUACUUUGUAAUACCAUGACAUGGGUGAUUAGAUUUCAGUGUAAAAAUUUUGGAGGGGCACAUUCAGUCCUUAGCAGAUUAUAUGUUUCCCCAAGCCCUCCAAAUUUACUAUUAGGCUCAUUAUAGAAAAUGUUAACUGGCCCCUGCACUAGAGAAUUCAUGUCAAGAGGUGGGAUAGAAGGAUUAAACCCAGAGAAAUUAGGUAGAAUGGAAAGUUAUAAUGAUGGUGAACAUAUCCUUCCUUAGGGACUAGCCAUUGUGGUUACCCUCCUAAGCUAGACUAGAAAGCAGAACAAGACAGAUAAAUACCCCCAGAGGGAUGGCUCAGGAACUCCAUAGUCUUAUCACUAUUUUUAAUGUUACAGAAUAUUAGGAGAGAGAAAAAAAAUGAGGUGGGGGAAAUAUGAGAGAUUGGAAAUGAUGCAUGAAGACACUCCUAACCAUUAGGUUGCAACUAUACAUUCUAGAGAGAGUUGCAGUUAUUUAAGCUUUUUUAGUAUGCCAAAAGCUUGAGUGAAAAUAAAUUCAUUUUGGAGACCAAAAUUUGACUAAUGAAAGAAGACCAACAUGGGCUUUUCAAAGUUGAGUAUGAUUUUUGCCACUCCCAGGUAGUAAUUAUGUGACCUUGAAAAAAACUACUAAAUCUGGGUUUCGGUUUCCUUAUCUGUAAAGUGGGAAUAAGUCAUCCCUUCCUCACAAAAUUGUCAUGAAGUUUAAAUGAAAAUGCAUAUGGAGGAUUUAGCACAUCAUCACUGUAGACAGUCCCCCAUUCCUGCCCCCUCCCACCUGCCUGCUCAUGAAUACUCUGAGGUCGCAUGCUGUCUUUCUCUCUAUGAUGUUUAUAUUUUUAAAUUGUAUUUUCAUCAAGUGACUAAGCAUCAAUCAGUAGAAGUUACUUUAGUAUCUACCCACUUUUUGUUUACCAAUAAAGAACUGUGACUCUCCUGCUCUCUGACUUAUCUUAAAGAGGGAGCUUUCAAUUUUUGCUUUUGCUUCCAUUGGUGCUGUUCCUUGCAAUUUCUUUGAGACCUUGUGGAACCUGCCGCUUUUCCUUCUGAAUAUCACUUAAGCAGGAGCUAUCUGAUAGUUCCAGAGACUCAAGUUUACAACCUAAUUGCACUUUAACUAGUGUUAAGGGAUUUGCUCUUUUACUGGGAACUCUGGCCCUUUGCAUUUUGUAUUUGUCCUUUCUAUACCUAAUGUUCAACCUAAUUACGUGUUUAUAUUCCACAUAAAUCUUGGAAGUUUUAAUGAUCUGCAUUUUAAAUGUUUUGGUUACCUAUAAAUGAUAUUAUCUGUUCUUAUAUUAUCUGUUCUAUUGUCAAUAAAGAUGUUGUUUGUA